UGUCUAGCUCCACUCUGCGGCAGGAUCAGGACACAAAUCCAGUAACCGAUGUCUGAAGCAAACGUAUUUUGACUCUUCUUCCAGUCGCCUGCCUCAUUAUAUUCUGCAGAAGCCUUCUUUGCUUUCAUGUAACUGCCAUUUUCAUUGCACUUUGCUGACCGCUGAUAAAAGCCGUUGCUCUCUUCCAAAAAAUCAUCAAGACAGGACAAAUCCCACGAUUCCGUUCUGAAACCACACGAUCUUCACUCUUCACUUCGGUUAUCGCAUGGUUCUUCAGUCAUUCGUUAUUGGUGGAUUAGAUAAUUAGAUUCUUGCUUGUAAAUUUAAAUCCCAAUGACUCAAUGUCAAUGGAAUUCAAUAGUUUGAGCCUUCCGCCGGUUUUGACACUUUUCCCAGGGUUGAAACCCCCUAACAAAACCCUACUGUUCCACCAAACCUGUGUUCUUGUCAUCACGUUUCUUGCAUAUGCUUCCUUCCAUGCCUCUAGGAAGCCACCAAGCAUUGUUAAGAGUGUUCUUGGUCCCACAGUUCCUUUGAAUUCAACUCAAGCUCCCAAUUUGAGUCCCACUGAUGCAGGCUGGCCCCCUUUCAAUGACGCCCAUGGAACUCACCGGCUUGGUGAGGUUGAUCUGGCAUUCCUUAGUUCCUACUCCGUAGGCAUGUAUUUUGCCGGUCAUGUUGGUGAUCGUAUCGAUUUGAGGCUGUUUCUUGUGGUUGGGAUGAUGGGGAGUGGGAUCUUUACUGUGCUUUUUGGGUUGGGGUACUGGUUUGAUGUUCAUGUGUUCGGAUACUUUGUUGUUGUUCAGAUUUUUUGUGGAGUGUUUCAGUCCAUUGGGUGGCCCUGUGUGGUGGCAGUUGUGGGGAAUUGGCUUGGUGAAUCCAAGAGGGGGUUCAUAAUGGGGGUGUGGAGUUCACAUACAUCAGUGGGGAACAUAGUUGGUUCAUUUGUAGCAUCUGGAGUUUUGGAAUUUGGAUGGGGUUGGUCAUUUGUGGUGCCCGGACUUCUGAUCAUUUUUGUUGGGAUUUUGGUGUAUGUGUUUCUUGUCGUGAGUCCAGAGGAUAUGGGAUUCGUGCAUCCUGGAAUUGAGGUUGAAAUGAGUGCGCAAGAAACGAGUGCGGUCAAGAAUCCACAGGGAACAGAAUCAGAGGAAGCUAUGCUAAUUCAGUCUGAAGAUGCAGCUUCUUCUGAUUCUUCUUCUGCAAUUGGGUUUCUGGAGGCAUGGAAGAUACCAGGAGUAGCAUCUUUUGCUUUUUGCCUCUUUUUCUCAAAGCUUGUCGCUUACACUUUUCUGUAUUGGUUGCCCUUCUACAUAAGGCACACUGCUGUUGCCGGUAUGCAUAUAUCACACAAGACUUCCGGUUUACUGUCAACGAUAUUUGACAUUGGAGGAGUCCUUGGCGGAAUUACAGCAGGGUUCAUUUCUGAUGUAAUUGAAGCACGUGCGAUUACAUCAAUACUGUUCUUGUUCCUAUCAAUUCCAGCUCUUAUUUUGUAUCGUGCUUUUGGCAGCCUCUCUAUCCUGGCAAACAUUGGAUUAAUGUUUACGUCGGGAUUCUUUGUUAAUGGUCCAUACUCCUUAAUCACGACUGCUGUGGCUGCUGAUCUUGGUAUGCAGAGCUCGAAUGGUGGAAAUUCCCGUGCAGUGGCUACUGUGACUGCAAUCAUAGACGGUACUGGUUCUGUGGGAGCUGCUCUUGGACCACUUCUGGCAGGUUAUAUUUCAACUAGAGGAUGGAACAGUGUCUUUCUUAUGCUGAUUCUGUCUAUUCUCUUUGCUGGUUUAUUCUUGAUUCGUGUUGCAAGAACUGAGAUAAGUGCGAAGCUUCCAGAAAAGUGACUUUAAAUAUUUUGCACACAUUUGACUAUUUUAUAUGAACACUCAAGUUUGACACGGGCAAGGUUUUUUUUAUUUCAGUUUCCAAUUUUUUUUAGUUGAAAAUUCCAAACUUAAGUUUCCAAAUAAAAAAAGAGGUUAGAACAAAGAGGAGAAGUACAAAGUGGGUGCCAUUAGAUUUUUCCAUUUCAUUUAGGCCAUUUUGUUGAUAGUAUAUAGAGGAAUUAUUGAAAAGCAUCAUUUGUUGUAUUCUUGUAUCAUGUUCUCAGGUUUGCUAGGAAUGUUUUGGAUAGAAAAAUUCAACACUUUUUGAUGUUGUUAACUGUUCAUUCUAUUGUCGUAUUGUUUAAUGGAUAGGUCAUACUUGUUAUCGAGAUUUUCGUUUCUAA